GGUGAACAGCAAAAACCGACAAGGCAAAGCAAACAUUUGAUUUCUACUAGAUUUCUUUUCUUCGCUUCCAAGCCUACUCUCUCUUAGCAUUUGCAACCAUGGUUCUCGAGGCGACUAUGAUAUGCAUUGAUAACUCGGAAUGGAUGCGAAACGGCGAUUAUUCGCCCUCUCGAUUUCAAGCUCAAUCUGACGCCGUUAGUCUUAUCUGUGGAGCUAAAACCCAGUCUAAUCCGGAGAACACGGUCGGGAUUUUGACGAUGGCGGGCAAAGGAGUGCGUGUAGUGGCUACUCCUACCAGUGAUCUCGGCAAAAUCUUGUCUUGCAUGCACGGUCUUGAAAUGGGGGGAGAGAUGAACCUAGCAGCUGGAAUUCAGAUUGCUCAGCUGGCUCUAAAGCAUCGCCAAAACAAAAAUCAGCAGCAAAGGAUUAUAGUUUUUGCUGGAAGUCCUGUUAAGUACGAAAAAAAGUCACUGGAGAUGAUAGGAAAGAAGCUGAAAAAGAAUAGCGUAGCUCUUGAUAUUGUCGAUUUUGGUGAGGAUGAAGAUGGAAAGCCAGAAAAGUUGGAGGCUCUUCUUGCAGCUGUUAAUAAUAAUGACAGUAGUCACAUUGUUCAUGUUCCUCCUGGUCAAAAUGCACUUUCUGAUGUGCUUAUCAGCACACCUGUGUUCACUGGGGAUGGGGAAGGAGGAAGUGGCUUUGCUGCUGCAGCAGCAGCAGCAGCUGCUGUAGCUGGUGGUGUUUCUGACUUUGAUUUUGGCGUGGAUCCAAAUAUCGAUCCAGAGCUGGCUCUUGCUUUAAGGGUUUCCAUGGAAGAGGAGAGAGCAAGGCAAGAAGCUGCUGCCAAGAGGGCUGCUGAGGAAGCCACUAGACAAGAAAAAGGAGAGGAAGCGCAACCACAGUCCGAUUCACAGAAUGCAACUACAACUGCAACUGAAAAAGUUACUGAUCCAAUGGAUGAGGAUGAUGCUUUGCUGAAGCAGGCCCUUGCAUUGUCAAUGAAUAUCCCAGGAUCUGAUUCUUCUGCGGGUGAUGCUGAGAUGUCUGAGGCAACUAAUGAUGAUAAGGAAUUGGCCUUGGCACUUCAGAUGUCAAUGCAAGAAAGUUCAAAAGAUUCAUCAGCGCAGUCAGAUGUCAGCAAGGUGUUGGGAGAUCAGUCUUUUAUGUCAUCCAUCCUUUCAUCACUUCCAGGAGUUGACCCAAAUGAUCCAAAUGUGAAAGAUUUGCUAGCAUCUUUGCCAGGCCAAUCUGAGUCACAAGAAAAGAAGAAUGAAGAUGAGCAGCCAAAAGAUGACAACUGAAGAUCCAUUGAACUGGCGCUGAAGGCAAAGACUUAACAUUGCGGAAUCCUAUUGUACCUUCCUAUAGUGGUUGAAGUGUCGGCUCAUUUCUAACUGAGUAAAAGAUUUCUGUUUCUCCUGACACAAAUGAGACACUAGAGGAGUUUGUCAAAACUGUACUGUGGACUUAGUUGAACAUUUUCUAUUUUUCUGUUCUAAAGCGCCCGAAGAUCUAUCAUAUUUAUAUGUUAGAAUGGGAUUAAAGUGUCAACAUUCAGUUCUCAAUUUUUAUUUGAUUCAAAGGGAAAAGCAGGAUUUGUUGGUGUUUGAUGACA